AUGGGUGUCUCCCCAUCUGGCAAUCAUCAUCGACGGCGGAGCUCAGUGCUAGCGGGCGCUUCACAGUCAGCUCCAAUCGAACACCGGGACGAUACCCCAAGGGCCAUUGGAGACGCUGCUGGCUCCAAACGAGAGGAGCCCAAGUCCUCGCCGGCUGAGGACGCCGACAUCUCCGACCUGUCCUCGAUCGCAGAGAGCUUGGAAAUGGAUUAUAUUAGCUCAGACGACGACCUCCAUGAUGACGAAGAAACGGGUCUCACAGCGAAGCAGAGACGCCAGAGGCGCCGCAGAAGGCAGCAGCGUCGACAGUUGGAUGCCCGCAUCGCCGAUGUCAAGGCGUCGAAGCACGAUACACUACCCUUUGGAUUCACAGACAGUGAUGUCUUCAGGAGGCUGUCCAUCAAUGCGGGCUUGAUCCUACUGUGGUAUUUCUUUUCGCUGUCGAUUUCAAUUUACAACAAGUGGAUGUUCUCCGAUGACGAUGUUGUCUUUCCUUUCCCCCUCUUUACCACGAGCUUGCAUAUGGCCGUUCAGUUUACCUUUUCAUCCAUUCUCCUAUAUUUGAUACCCUCCCUGCGUCCGAAAGCGCCCGCUGCAUCCACACCCACAGGCUCGCCCGUGAGCGAACAUGAUCCCCAUGAGUCCCGACCGGUGGUCACCCGGUUAUUCUACCUUACACGUCUCGUCCCCUGCGGUGCGGCGACUUCCCUCGAUAUUGGUCUAGGAAAUAUGUCCCUGAAGUUCAUUUCCCUCACCUUCCUCACCAUGUGCAAAUCAUCCGCACUAGCAUUCGUCCUUCUCUUUGCCUUUGUUUUCCGCCUCGAAACCCCAUCCGUCAAGUUGAUCGUGAUCAUUGCUACGAUGACCGUGGGUGUGGUCAUGAUGGUCGCCGGCGAGACCGCGUUCAAUGCGGUUGGGUUUAUCCUCGUCAUUGCAUCCGCCUUCUUCUCGGGCUUCCGAUGGGGCCUCACACAGAUCCUCCUUCUACGCCAUCCGGCGACGGCGAACCCGUUCUCGACCCUCUUCUUCCUUACGCCUGUGAUGUUUUUCUCCCUGAUCGUCAUUGCGCUGGCGGUAGAGGGGCCUUUGGAGAUCAUCGCUGGCUUCCAAGCCCUGGCGGCUGCCCGUGGAGGCCUGUUUGCUGUCUUCCUGCUGAUCUUCCCUGGUAUCCUGGCUUUCUGCAUGAUUUCCUCUGAGUUUGCGCUCCUCAAGCGCUCCUCGGUCGUGACGCUGAGCAUUUGCGGCAUCUUCAAGGAAGUCGUCACCAUCAGUGCUGCCGGGGUCAUCUUCCACGAUCAGCUCACUGCAGUCAACAUCACGGGCCUGGUGGUCACCAUUGGCAGCAUCGCGUCCUAUAACUACAUGAAGAUUUCGAAAAUGCGCUCAGAAGCUCAGAAGGGCGCGUGGACACGGAGUCCUAACCUGGACUCUGAGGACGAUUCCGAUCCGACUGGGGAGCGCGGAGAGUACAGUCGGAUCCGCAACCCCGAAACGAGCACGUUCCACUCUCCGGGCAUUCAUGUCGACGAGGACAAUGUGAAUAUCACUCCUGAGGAUGACUUGACCGCUGGCGGUCGGCGCUCAUUCCGUGUUCGUGCCAGCGGCGCUAGCAAUGCGCUCGGGUUAAGCAUUAACACUACCAAUCUAGGGGACCACGAUAGAAAUUUCUCCCCUCGAGUGUCGGCCCCCUCGCCCUUGAAAUCAGCACCUCCCGUCAUCACGUCCCUGGAAGCCGAGCUUAACCGGACGGCUUCCGGCCCUAGCCUCGGUAGCAAGCCCCAGACAUCUCCAGAACGGGCUUCACCUGAAGGACGCUCAGCUAGCUAG